AUGGAUGUAGAAACACUGAGAAGAAGCAGAGAAAUGCAUGUUGACGAAAUGAACAAGACAAUAAGCGAAAUGAACGAGUUUAUCGGAAUGAACCUGAAUGAAAUAAGAGAUGCAUUGACUGUGUGUGUUGCAGAAUCCAAAUAUGUAGAUAUCGAUGAACUUAGAGCAUUUGUAGAGCAUAGAAUAAAUCAGUACAUUGUAUUAAUAAAUGAAAAGAAAAGAGAUUCUAUUAAGUAUUUAGUGCAUGGAAAGAUAAACAAGGAUGCAGUAGAUGCAAUCAUAAUAACUGAGUAUUGCUACACUAUGUUAAUUCACAGAGAAGAAUCAGAUGAUAGGAGAAUUAGCCUAGAAAUUAACAAUGAGAAGAAUGCACAACAAGAAAAACUCAAUGUUUUUGUAAAUAUAAUAACAGGAACAAUAACAAUAAGAUUUACAAAUGGCCACGAAACAGUGGUUAAUAACGGAUCAAUCGAUUGCGAAUAUAAUUCAUUGCGAGAUCUAUUCUCAAGUGACUUCCAACUGAGCAUAAACAAGAAUCAAAUGAAUGUUGAUCUCCUUAACAUGAAGCUUAAGAUGGGAAUAGAAGCAUUCAAAAUUGCUGUUGAAAGUCCAGAAGACUGCCUUUACAAACUUAUAUCAUACAAAACCUGCAAAGAUCACGGUGUUCCUGUUAUUGUAUCAAAUGAAGACACGAUUGAUAUUGCUGAUGAUGAUCUUGAGCAUCUGCAUUACAGAGUUCAGCAGCAAAUAGCUGAUGUGAUAUCAAUGCAGAUCGCAGAUGUAUCAAAAGCAUAUUUGAUAAACUAUCUUCUAGUCAUGCUGAUAGGCCUUUCAGGAAAGGUUGACCUGAGUUACUUCAUCAACAAAAAAGAAAUGUACAUGCUGUACUGGGCCAUGCCAACUGCUCUAAAUAAAUAA